UGUCCAUCCACCCUUCGACUUGUCCGAAUGCCCCACUCACACCACUCCCACUCGGGCCAGUUCUGCCGGCACGCAAAGGACAGCCUGACCGCGGUGGUUGCCGAAGCCGCGCGGCGCGGCUUCCGCGUCUUCGGGCUGAGCGAGCACGCGCCGCGCUACCGCGAAGCGGACCUGUUUCCAGAAGAGGCCGACUUGACGCCGCAGGACCUCGCGGACGCGUACACGUCCUUCCUGGCCGCAGCGGAGGCGCAGCGUGCCGCGCACCCCGCGCUCUCGCUGCUCAUCGGCAUCGAAUGCGACGCGAUCACGCCGCUCGAUUCCGCCGGGCUGGCGCGGCUGCUCGCGGACGCGCGGAUCGACUACGUCGUCGGGUCCGUGCACCAUGUGCGCGGCGUGUCGGUGGACUUUGACCGCGGGACGUGGUUGCGUGCUGUGCGCGCGGCGCGGCGCGGCGUCGACGAGACGACGAUGGUGCGCGUCGAUGGGAAGCUCGUGCUCGCGCCGCGGGACGCGGAUGCCGCGCUCGCGGACGGGUAUGUGCCCGCGCCGGAGGAGAUGGAGGCUUUUCUCGCCGCGUACUUUGACGCGCAGAUGGGCGUGCUCCAGGCCCACCAGCCGGAAGUCGUCGGACACUUCGACCUCUGUCUCCUUUGGGUGCCGGAGGCGUCGUUGGACGCCGUGUGGGACCGCGUCGAGCGGAACGUGCGCUACGCCGUGGGGUACGGCGCGCUGUUUGAGGCAAACGCUGCCGCGCUCCGCAAGGGUUGGAAGACGAGCUAUCCCAGCCCGAGAGUCCUCCAGCUCAUCAUGUCGCUCGGCGGCCGCAUCUGUCUCUCCGACGACAGUCAUGGCGUUGCGGCUGUCGGUCUCAAUUACCUCCCCAUGCGCGAGUAUCUCGUCCAGCAGGGCGUCAAGACGGUGUGGCAUCUCGUGCGCGCUGCAGAGGCGCAGGAGGGCGACGAGAAGGUCGGGAUGCGUGGGCGCGUGGUUGCGCGCCCUGUCACAGGCUGGGAGCACGACGAGUUCUGGGAGACGUUCAAGGCGACCAUGUAGACGUGUAGACGUGAAGACGUGUAGAUUAUUAUAGACCUGGCGUGCAUGGACAAUAGUGCUCCGUGG